AAACCUCGCGGCCUCUCAGACGAGGGUGGGUUAGCAGGGGCAGCUCCCAACCCCCGUCCCGGACCCACACAACACUUCGACCCCUGGCCCACCCCGGCCGUCACCGAGAACGGUCCACCAGAGUGCCUAGGUUCUUCCGGAGCCCGACCGGAUCCGGAAGCUUCUGGGAGCGAGGGGGUGGGACCGAAAAAAAAAAAAAAAAAAUCAAAAAAAGCGCGGCGAAAGCUAAAGGCCGGAGCAGGCUGGGAGGUGGUGGUCCCCAAGCCAGGCCGCGGCCGGUGCGAUGGACUCUACUGCCUGCUUGAAGUCCUUGCUCCUGACUAUCAGUCAGUACAAAGCCGUGAAGUCAGAGGCGAACGCCACUCAGCUUUUGCGGCACUUGGAGGUAAUUUCUGGACAGAAACUCACACGACUAUUUACAUCAAAUCAAAUAUUAACAAGUGAAUGCUUGAGUUGCCUUGUAGAGCUACUUGAAGACCCCAACAUAAGUGCUUCACUGAUCUUAAGUAUUAUUGGUUUGUUGUCUCAACUAGCUGUAGACAAUGAAACCAGAGAUUGUCUUCAGAAUACAUACAAUCUGAAUAGUGUGCUGGCGGGAGUGGUUUGUCGGAGCAGCCACACUGAUUCGGUGUUUUUGCAGUGCAUUCAACUUCUACAGAAGUUAACAUAUAAUGUCAAAAUUUUCUAUUCUGGUGCCAAUAUAGAUGAAUUAAUUACCUUCCUGAUAGAUCACAUUCAAUCUUCUGAAGAUGAGUUAAAAAUGCCUUGUCUAGGAUUAUUGGCAAAUCUUUGUCGGCACAAUCUUUCUGUUCAAACACACAUAAAGACAUUGAGUAAUGUGAAAUCUUUUUAUCGAACUCUUAUCACCUUGUUGGCCCAUAGCAGUUUAACUGUGGUUGUGUUUGCACUUUCAAUAUUAUCCAGUUUGACAUUAAAUGAAGAGGUGGGGGAAAAGCUAUUCCAUGGUCGAAAUAUUCAUCAGACUUUUCAACUAAUAUUUAACAUUCUCAUAAACGGUGAUGGCACUCUAACUAGAAAGUAUUCAGUUGACCUACUGGUGGAUCUCCUUAAGAAUCCUAAAAUUGCUGAUUAUCUCACCAGAUAUGAGCACUUUUCUUCAUGUCUUAAUCAAGUAUUAGGUCUUCUUAAUGGAAAGGAUCCUGAUUCCUCUUCAAAGGUUUUAGAAUUACUUCUUGCCUUCUGUUCAGUGACUCAGCUGCGCCAUGUGCUCACUCAAAUGAUGUUUGAACAGUCUCCACCUGGCAGCGCCACUCUGGGAAGCCAUACUAAAUGUUUAGAACCUACUGUGGCUUUACUGCGCUGGUUAAGCCAGCCUUUGGACGGAUCAGAAAACUGUUCUGUUUUAGCAUUGGAGUUGUUCAAGGAAAUAUUUGAGGAUGUCAUAGAUGCUGCUAACUGUUCCUCGGCUGAUCGUUUUGUCACCCUUCUGCUGCCGACAAUCCUUGAUCAACUUCAGUUCACAGAACAAAAUCUGGAUGAGGCUUUAAUAAGAAAAAAAUGUGAAAGGAUUGCCAAGGCCAUUGAAGUUUUGUUAACUCUCUGUGGAGAUGAUACACUAAAAAUGCACAUUGCAAAAAUCCUGACAACUGUCAAGUGUACCACUCUUAUAGAACAACAGUUUACAUAUGGCAAGAUUGGCCUGGGGUUUGGAACAAAGGUUGCAGAUUCAGAAUUAUGCAAACUUGCUGCUGAUGUAAUUUUGAAAACUCUUGAUUUGAUUAACAAACUUAAACCUUUGGUUCCUGGUAUGGAAGUAAGCUUCUACAAAAUCCUUCAGGACCCACGUUUGAUUACUCCUUUGGCUUUUGCUUUAACGUCAGAUAAUAGAGAACAAGUACAGUCUGGACUGAGAAUAUUAUUGGAAGCUGCUCCACUGCCAGAUUUUCCUGCUUUAGUACUUGGAGAAAGUAUAGCAGCAAAUAAUGCCUAUAGACAACAGGAAACAGAACAUAUACCCAGAAAAAUGCCCUGGCAAUCAUCAAAUCACAGUUUUCCUACAUCAGUAAAGUGUUUAACUCCUCCUCAUUUGAAAGAUGGUGUUCCUGGAUUGAAUAUUGAAGAAUUAAUAGAGAAACUUCAGUCUGGAAUGGUGGUAAAGGAUCAGAUUUGUGAUGUGAGAAUAUCUGACAUAAUGGAUGUAUAUGAAAUGAAACUAUCCACAUUAGCUUCCAAAGAAAGCAGGCUACAAGAUCUUUUGGAAACAAAAGCUCUAGCCCUUGCACAGGCUGAUAGACUGAUUGCUCAGCAUCGCUGUCAAAGAACUCAAGCUGAAACAGAGGCACGGACACUUGCUAGUAUGUUGAGAGAAGUUGAGAAAAAAAAUGAAGAGCUUAGUGUGUUGCUGAAGGCACAGCAAGUUGAAUCAGAAAGAGCCCAGAGUGAUAUUGAGCAUCUCUUUCAACAUAAUAGGAAGUUAGAGUCUGUGGCUGAAGAGCAUGAAAUACUGACAAAAUCCUACAUGGAACUUCUUCAGAGAAAUGAAAGUACUGAAAAGAAGAAUAAAGAUUUACAGAUCACAUGUGAUUCUCUGAAUAAACACAUUGAGACAGUGAAAAAGUUGAAUGAGUCACUCAAGGAACAAAAUGAAAAAAGUAUUGCCCAAUUAAUAGAGAAAGAAGAACAGAGAAAAGAAGUACAGAAUCAGCUAGUAGACAGAGAACAUAAGCUAGCAAAUUUGCAUCAGAAAACAAAAGUACAAGAAGAAAAGAUUAAAACCUUACAAAAGGAAAGGGAAGAUAAGGAAGACACCAUUGAUAUCCUUAGAAAAGAAUUAAGCAGAACAGAACAGAUAAGAAAAGAGCUGAGCAUUAAGGCUUCCUCUCUAGAGGUUCAAAAGGCACAAUUAGAAGGUCGUUUGGAAGAGAAAGAGUCCUUGGUGAAACUUCAGCAAGAGGAAUUGAACAAACACUCCCACAUGAUAGCAAUGAUCCACAGUUUAAGUGGUGGAAAAAUAAAUCCAGAAACUGUGAAUCUCAAGGAAAGUCCAUACUGCAGCUUUGAAAGUGAGUACUAAUCAUCACCCUUCAUCUCUUUCUGUCUCUUGUAACACCUUUCAUAUUGUUUCUAUUGUUUUUCUGAGUGCCUUUACUAUAUCACUUACUUUUGUUUUCUUGUUGGACUGUGUACCUCAUUUAAAAAGCAAAAGUGUGUUUAAAUAUUUUUAUCUAAAAAAAAAUUUAAUCAAAUUUGAACCACCACCAUAGUCAGGGUUUUGUAUGUGUGUAUGCAUGUCCAUUUCCUGAUGGAAAAAACAAAACUUAGGGAGUACAUCAUUAUAUUAGGAUUACUCACAUCCUCUUAAAAUUUUGCUGGGGAGAGUUUGUCUCCAAAGUAUACAUUAACACAGUUUCUUUUAUUAUUUACACUUGCCACUUGAACAAAUAGACACGUCUCAUAAAAUUUGGUUGAAGUUUAUAUUAAAUUGUUCAUUAAUUUAAUGUCAGGACAAAAAGAAAAUAAUGAAACUGUAUGCUGUGUCUUAGGAAAUUAUCAGGUCAGUGUCCCUUUGGGUCUAUUUACUUAAAAGGACUAGUUAUUUAAGAAUUAAAAGAGAUUCUGUUAUGAGUUAGGACUGUCACUUAAAUGAAAAUAUGUUUAAGUUUCUACUUCUACUUGUGGUCAUUCAUUCAUACGUUAUAGGUACUUAUCAAGUUAUAUUCCCUAAAACUCAGUCUUACUAUAAUUUGAUUCUUUUCCUCCUUUCAAAUAGUUAUGAACUAUAUUUACAACUUUGCUUUUGGCAUGUAUACCAUUGUACUAGCCAUGUGUCCUGUUUGUGACUUAAUCCUUUGCAAGAGUUAGCAAACAUUUUCUGUAAAGGGGCAGAUAGUAAAUAUUUUAGGCUUUAUGGGACAUAGUUUCUGUCACAACAACUCAACUCUGCUAUUGCAGCACAAAAGCAGCCACAGACAAUACAUAAAUUAAUAGUCAUGGCUGUGUUCCAAUCAAACUUUAGUAACAAAAAUAGUCAAAACUUUGCUAUUAGAUGUUACAUUUACUUAUUAAGAAAUGUCUUUUUAUGUUUGGUAGUCUUUAUCUUGAGGUCUAUUUUAUUUGAUAAUAACAUAGCCACUUAGUUCUUAUUGUGUUUUCUGUUGGCCUGAUAUAUCUUUUUCUCAGUUUACUUUUAACCUGUAUGUUUAUAUGUAAAAUUCAUGACUUGUAAACAAAUAGAGUUAGGUCUUGCUUUUUUAUCAAUUUUGACAAAAUAAGUCCUUUAACAAUCCACUUAGAGUUAAUAUUGUACUGCUUAACAUAAAAUGUAGAAACCUUGCAACUCUAUAGGUCCUUCUGUCCUCUUCUCAUCCUUCAUGCUAUAGUUGACAUGUGCAUUACCUCUACUUAUGUAGCUAACCCUUAAAACCAUGUGAUAAUUUUUGCUUUAAGCAAUUAUAUGGAAAGACUCUGGCUGUCACCAUCAGUAUGUUCACCUCUUUGCAUGCACCAAUGUAAAGUCGUUUCUUCAGUGUUUCUCCCUUUGGAAAUAGUAAGUAGUUUGUGGGCAGAUACUGCAUAUAUGCUGUUUCUCUUCCAACUUGCAUC